AUGGAAAAUUCUGUUACUUCAGAGGUGGAAAUAGAGAGAUAUUCAAUUAUAACUAUUCCACGUAAUGAAGAGAUUGAAAAGAUAUUUUUAGCAACAUUAGAUCAAUUAAUUGUGGCGACUGCAUUACCAAGAAUCGCUUCCGAUUUCAAUUCUUUAGGUUCUAUCUCUUGGGUUGGAACUUCUUAUUUUAUCACAGGGACAGCAUUUCAACCAAUUUAUGGCAAAUUCUCUGAUAUUUUUGGUCGUAAAAAUACUUUCCUUUUUUCAAUUUUAUUAUUUGUAUUUGGAAGCAUGUUAUGCGGUCUUUCUUGGAAUAUGGUGGAAUUUUUACGGAUCACGUUACUUGGAGGAUUGAUGGUAUUAGCGAUAGUAAUAUUCUUUCUACAUCUUCCCCAAACAACAGGAUCAUUAAUUGAAAAAUUUAAAAGAAUUGAUUUUAUUGGUACAGGAUUAAUUGUGGCAUCUACUACUAGUAUAUUAUUACCAUUAAAUUUGGGAGGAAGUGUUCACUCAUGGAAUUCUCCUCUGAUAAUUGUACCAUUAGUCAUUGGUAUCCUUGGAUAUUUUAUAUUUAUUUUGGUGGAAAUUAAAUUUGCAGUUGAACCUGUGAUGCCAUCGCAUAUAUUUAAAAUUAGGAAUGUUAAUGCUUGUUAUCUUGUAAAUAUAACACAAGGAAUGGUCUUCUAUGGAAUUGCGUUUUAUCUUCCAUUAUUUUUCCAAGUAGUCAAAGGAGAUUCUGCCACAAAAUCGGGGAUAGAAACAAUUCCAUUUGUUCUGGGAGUAUCAUCCGCCUCAGUAGGUUCAGGACAACUACUUUCACGUACUGACAAAAUAUCAUUUAGAACAAUUGCGGUUUUAGGAUCUUCUUUAAUGGCAAUUGGAGUAGGAUUAAUUACUACUUGGACGGAAGAUUCAAAUAUUGGUGCACAAAUAGGAUAUAUGAUAAUUGCAGGUUUGGGGACAGGGUUUAUAUUUCAACCUACUUUACUUUGUUCUCAAAGCGUAACAGAAAUUAAAGAUGUGGCUACAGUUAGUGCUUUAAUAAUAUUCUUUAGAACACUUGGGGGAAUAUUUGGUAUUGCAAUAGCAGGAGCAAUAUUUAAUAACAGUUUAAUACAAGAUCUUAAUAAAAUACAAAUUCCACUUCCACUAACAGUUCAAGACAUAAAAGGAUCCGCUAGUAAAAUAAAUGAAUUACCUGAACCCAUUAAAAAAUCUAAUGCUCCUAUAAAUUCUUUAAAUGAUGUUAUAAACGAAGAAGCUCCACCCGCUUAUACACCAUAUCCAAAUUCAGGAGAAACGUCAAUGUUAUUUGGACCUAAUCGAAUAUAUGGAGAAACUCCUUAUCAACCUCCGCAACCACAAGUUUAUUAUUGUCCAAAUACUAUUGUUUAUCCAUCGAUUCAUCCAAUUUCUCCGAUUACUUCUGCAGAAAUUCAUUAUCCGGCUGGUUAUAUUUGUCCAAUUUGUAAUUGUACAGGAUAUGAAAGACCCGGAAUGAUUUGUCAACAAUGUUUAAAAUUAUUUGUAUAUCCACCUUUACCACCAUCGCCUUCUGGUAUUCCUCCUAUUCCAUCGACUUCUAUGAUUCAUGGUAAUGGUUUUGGUGGUUAUGGAGGAGGUGGAGUAAUUUAUCUCAGACCAGGUGAUCCGACUAUUGGAGGUCGGACUUGUCCAACUUGUAAAGGAAGAGAGAAAUUUUUAUUUGAAAAAUUAUUAUGUUCGCAAUGUCAAGGUAUAGGAAGAAUAUUUAAAUAA